CUUCCCCAUCGGCGCGAUUGGGGAGCAAAGAACUCGCGAAAACACUUCCUUUGUGGCUUUCUUUGUCCGGGGAGGGGGGAAAUCCAUGGUUUGCCGCGUUGCUACGCUAAAAUUGUUUAUCUAUUAGCCGAAUUGAGUGCAUUUUCACGAUGUUCUCAUGUAAAUUGCCCACAUAUUUUCGCCCUCAAACCAAUUCAAAUGUUCAAUCAAAGUUCAGUUCGUGUUUCAUUCUUCUUUGCUUUGGUUGCGUAAAUAAAACAGCAAAAGUCUCUUUGACAAAAGUGAGAUUUUUUCUUUCGGAACGACUGACAAACAGUUUGGCUUCUGCGAGUGUCCAGCGAGAAUAGAAGAGAAGAAGAGAUGGGAAAGUUUUCCGGAAAGAAGUGUCGUCUGUUGACGAUGAUGUGGCUCACGGCGUUCUUCUUCUUUGUGGAAAUUGUCGUGGGUUACGUGACGAACUCAAUGGCUCUGGUGGCCGAUAGUUUUCACAUGUUGGGCGAUAUUGCGGCACUCGUGAUAUCAUUCUUGUCGAUAAAGAUGUCACCAAAGAAGUGGUCGAAGAAUACUUUUGGCUGGGCGAGAGCUGAGGUUCUUGGGGCGCUCGUGAAUGCUGUCUUCCUCGUGGCGUUGUGCUUCAGCAUCACCAUUGAGGCGUGCAAGAGAUUCAUCGAGGAGGAACGGAUUCACGAGCCAAAACUAUUGGUAAUUGUCGGAUGUGUGGGACUGCUAGUCAACGUCGUGGGACUCUUUCUGCUCUAUGAACACGGAGGCCACGGACAUUCUCACUCACUAUCGCGAUCUCGAAAUAAGUUGACACGCUUAACAAAUACGGAUGAUAACGAGAACAAUUCAUUCGUGUAUCAGCAGAAUCCAUCGGCGCAGCAAUUGAAGAAGAGCGCCGGUCACAGUCACGAUCCAUCGCAGAUGAACAUGCGAGGAGCUUUCCUGCACGUUCUCAGUGACGCUCUUGGCAGUGUCAUUGUUGUAAUUAGUGCAUUGGUCGUCUGGCUGACGGAGUGGAAGUACAAGUUCUACAUGGAUCCGGCGCUGUCAAUUGUCCUUGUGAUCCUCAUUCUGCACUCCGUUUGGCCGCUGCUGCGCGAAUCUGCGCUGAUCUUGCUGCAAACUGUGCCGACGCACAUCCAAGUCGAUGCCAUUCAGAAGCGUCUGCUGGAGAAAGUGGACGGCGUCCUGGCCGUGCAUGAGUUUCACGUGUGGCAAUUGGCCGGCGACAGGAUAAUCGCCUCGGCGCACAUUCGCUGUCGCAAUUUGUCCGAAUACAUGAAGAUUGCGGAGAAGGUGAAGGAGUUCUUCCACAAUGAGGGCAUUCAUUCCACCACCAUUCAGCCGGAAUUUGUGGAGAUUGAGGCGCUGAACAGCCUGGCGGCGUCCGAUGGCAUCUCCAGUGAUCUCAACGGCAGCGGUUCGCAGGACUGCUGCGCCCUGGAUUGUCCCACAACGGACGAAGGAUGCGUGCGAGCGACGUGCUGCCAGAAUAACAACAAAACGCAAUUGCCAUCGCCGUCGCCGUCGCCGUUUCUCUGUCGGCAGCGCAGCGCCAAUGCGCGGAAUGACGUGGAGACUGGCUCGCUGCUGGACUUUCCCGAGGGCAAUCUCAGCACAACGGCGCCGGUGCGGAGCGGCGCGACGCCCGAGAAGAGCCCCAAGACGUCCGUCUGACCAACAACCCAGCGACACUUUCCAGCAACCACCCUCGAUAGUAGCAAAGUUAGACCUUUUUCUUCACCAUGUGGCUGUGACGGUCGAUGUGUAAUUAGUAGAAAUAUCGCCCUGGGCGCCAUGCAUCACGCUGCAGCGCCCCAUUAUUGAGCGCGCGCCCAUCCUGGGGACAAACACACACGAAUCAAACUCUACACACUGCCAAGUGUAGGACGACGGGCGGAUUGCUAGAGAGAGAGAGAGAAGAAGGAGCGACAGUAUCCUACUAUAGUAGAAUUUACCUUGAUGAUUGACUUUUAGAGGAAAAUGAUGAAACAAUCCCUAGAGAAGACUCACAAUUUGUGUGCACGCGUGAAAAGAGAUUCACUUUUCCUCGCGUGCAAAAAAAAAAGAUUUUAGGAGAAAAUAUUUAAAGGAAAUAUUUGGUGUGUUUAGCACAGAAACUUUUAACGUGAACGGCAAAAUGAAAUACUAAUGAGAAUAUAAUGUAUAUUUAGGAGAAUUAUAAAAAAAAGAAAAAUCUAUAGGCAAAAAGUGUGUAAAAAUGUAAAAAAAAAAUUCUCUUCCGAAAUGAUCCCUUUUGAAGUUUUACACCCUUAAUUUCCUAGAUCUCCUUGUGUUUUAAAGGAAUCCCUUUUUGCGCAAUCCAAUAAGUGUUCUCCGUGCAGUCAGAAUUGUUGCAAAUCAAGGGGUAGAUAAUAUGCCUUGAAACUGUACACCACUUUCAAACACUCUCAAAUUUGUCUGACACUUCUAAAACAUGAAAUUUAUAGCCGGUUUCCACAUAAAUUCCCAAAUUAUAGUGAAUCUCUUGAGGUUUCAUUUGAUAUUUCUUUAAAAAUAGACUUGAAAGCGCUGUUUUUGGACAUCUUUACUGAUCAUAACCUCAAAAUAUCACUAAAACAUCUUAAAGAACUCCGUUUGGAGGCUUUCUAUAUUUGCCAAUGAUCUUAAAAUUGAUGAUUCACAGUCAAAAUUGUCGAGAAAGUUGUCUAAAUGAACCUUUUCUAAGUGUAAAUGACAAUUUUUGAGGUUAUGUUCAAUCUUAGCACAAUUUUGGAGUGUUUCGUGGCAUCAAAGGAUAAAAAAAUCACUGUAAAUUGCUUACAAAUGCUCAAUUCUGCUAAGAACUGGCAGAUUUGAUGUGCUAGAAUGCGAAAUAUUCACUAAAUCUGUCCUUAAUUCGUUACAUAACCUAGAAAAAAGAUUUUUACGUUUGUUUCUGCGUGAAAAUCGAAGGAAAUUCAGACAAUUUUGAUGAUUAUGAAAGGAAUAUUGAAGGUUUUUCAACACUUCCACUCCUUAAGUACUUCUGCUGAGCUGUACACCACUUCUGUCUGUAUUAUCUCCCCCUUGUUGCAGAAUAAUUCAAAUAUUUUUUAGUUUGAAGCGCGCGCGCGCUAAAGAAGUAUUCUUCAAGAAACUCUCGAGAUGAUUUUUCUUGUGCAUUUAAUCAACUUGACGAGAGAGUUUCUUUUUUUGUAAUAGAAAUAACAAGAAAAAAACUUUUAUAGACGUUAAAAGAAAUCCGCGUAGUGUUUGGAUUCUCAAAGGGAAGGAUCGCGUGAAGUGCCGUGAAUUUGGGAGGAACGCGUGAAAAUGAGAACAAAUCUCAGGAAAGUGAAUUUUGGUAUUUCAAAGCAACUUUGAUUCUUAAUGAUUUAUUAAUCACUUUAGUUUUUCAUUUGAAUUUAGAGGAAAUGUAAAAUGAAUCAUUCAA